AUGACGAAAGAGGAUCCUCCUCCUCCACCUCCUCAGCGCGAACCGUCUCCCGCGUUAGCGCGAAUGCAUUCUAUGGGAGUGAGCACGACGAGUGAAGGCGUCGAUAAUUUUGCUCGAGUGAGCGGGUCGUUCAUGAGGUCUACGACGAAAAACCCGUUGUUGAACAACGACAAUACCAAUACCAAUUUUGAAGAGAGAAAACAACAACAACCGAGUAAGGACUACCACCAAGACGAGGAACAAGAACCGUCGAGAUUUUACCAACGAGAACAGAGUUUGGCGAGGAAAUUGAAACAUCAUGAACACGACAACGCUUUAGGAAAAUCGUUCGGUCGAUUCCUCACUUUUUCAUCGGCGAAGAAAAAGAACCAGGAAGAGCGUUCGCUAGAGGAGAAAAAAGCGGUAAGGAGACAAUCGAAAGUCGCUUCGGCUAUUCAGCGCGUUCGAACGGUCAGGGAAGCUGCCAGUGCGGCGAAGAGGACGCGUCCAAAGAAAGGCUUUGCGAAGGGGUUUCGUCAAGUUGUCGAUUUUAAAGCGCUCGGGAGCGACUUGAUUACGAAUUUCAACGUUAAGUUUCGACGGGUGUUUGAAAUUUUGAGAUGCGUGGACCCGGACGAAGAUAACGAGGCUUUGAGCAGGUACUCGUUGUUGCAUCCGAAAUCGCCUCUUUAUAUCCUCUGGAAACGAAUGAUCAACUGUUUGGUGAUGAUGGUUUGCUUCGUUUUACCGGCGUUGAUUGCGUUUAAUUAUUCGGACAUGCCGGCGUUGCGAUUCGAGCAAGAUUUGAGAGUGGUAAAGAACAUAGAUUUACAAAAAAAAGAGCAAUUGGGAACGGCUUUGGACGGAUUACUCCUUUUUGUGGAUAUAUGUUUCUGCUUUGACGUGCUUGGAAACUUUUUCGCGCCGUUUUUUGAGGAGGAGGAGUUGGAAUCGAAAUUAGUGGACGAUCCGUGGGUGGUUUCGUACACAUAUUUGACCGGAUGGUUUCUCGUAGAUUUUUUAGGAUCGUUUCCGUUUGACACGGCGCUCUCGCCUUUAGUAGACGCGGAUGGUGUGAGAUUUUUAGAGUUGCUUGGAUUGUUUCGGCUGUUGAGAUUGUACCACGUGCGAAAGGCGUGGGGGUUUGUGGAGAGAGAUCCGCACGUAUCCGUCACGAGGAUUUCCUUCAUCAAGUACUCAGCCAUUCUUCUCUUAGCCGGUCACUGGUCCGGGUGCUUGCUCUGGUACUUAGCAAAAGCGGAAGAAUUUGAUGAGACGACGUGGGUUUAUGCAGUUGAUCCGGAGUUACGAUUGCAAAGCAUUUUUAGACAGUACAAUACCGCCUUGUACUGGGCUCUGGUCACGUUGACGACGGUAGGUUACGGUGAUAUAUCGCCGCGGAAUCCGACGGAAAGAUCGUUUACCAUGGUAAUAAUGUUGAUGAACAUGUGCAUAUCCGCAUACGUCAUUGGCACCAUGACGACGCUAAUUACGAAAGGCGACCAAAAGCUCUCUCGAUUUAGAGACAACAUGGCCAAUCUCAUUCGGUUCAUGAGAAGGCACGAAGUUCCAUUGCACAUUCAACAACACGCCAUGGCUCACGUUCAUUUAAGUUUUCGAAAAGCGAAAGAAGACGACUCCGACGCUCUGGAACACUGUCCAGAACAUCUGAUCUCUCACGUUCGAUCGGCGAUGUAUUUAGACCGAUUGAAAAAUUCGAGAUUGUUCAUGGGAUGCUCUCGCGAUUUCAUGCUUGGCUUGAUGAAACUCUGUCAGUGGGAGUAUUUCAAUCCCGCGUCUUUGAUUAUGACGCGUAAAUACAAGUCGACGCGAUUGUUUUGCAUCGUUGAAGGCGAAGCGAUUGUUUUGAGCGACCGAUUUACGGUAAUGGACUAUUUGAAAGAAGGCGAUUGGAUUGGCGUCGAAUCGUUUCUGAUUCAAAAAGAAGCGCAGUGGAGCGUCUCAAGCGCGAGCUUAAUCAAAUGCAUCGCCAUCGAUUGCGCGAAGUUACACACCUUACUAAGCGAAAACAUGACAGAUUGGUCGACGGUGUUAUUCAAUCUGAGCAACAUAAUUUCUCAGAGAAUCGAGGAAUCUCUGCCCUCGGCGGAAGGAAACGCGAAAGAAGGAGAAGUUUACCCAUUCCAGGGGAGUGAUACCUCUUCCGAAAACGACGGGUCUUUGGAUGCUGGAAGCCAUAUAUCCGUGCGCGAUAGAAUCGGCCACUAUGAACAGACUACGUACUUGAGAAUAAUACGCUCGGUAAAUGCGGGCUUGACCAUUGCGAUGACCAAACUCGUUUCUGAAAUCAACACGAAAAUAUUCUCGGCGGCGAGAGACGGAGACAUCCGAUCGAUUAAAGUUAUGAUUGCAACGAAAGAGUUUGACAUCAACUAUCAAAAUCCAUCGGACGGUCGGUCGAUUUUACACGUCGGUGCGUACUACGGACACCGAACGUUGUGCGAAUUCCUCCUCAAUGCUGGAGCAAAUCACGCGCUUUUAGAUAAUCUUGGUUUCUCGGCGCUUGGUCUCGCUGUGAUUUCCGGUCACGUGGACACUAUCAAAGUGCUCGCUAGAACGUCUUCACUGAUUGCAAUCGGUCAACCAUUAGGAGCAAAAUUGUGCGAAUUGGUUCAAAAUUUGAAUUAUAGCGUGUUGCAGAACUUCUUAAGUGCCGGAACAAAUCCGAACGAACGAAAUACGAGCUUUGAUACGCCGCUUCACGUCGCGUGUCGCAUAGGUAAUAUUGAAGCUGUCCAAUUACUCUUGAAGUUUGGUGCGAACGCAUCACUCACAAAUAGACUCGAUAGAACAGCUAUAGAUGAAGCGACAGCAAAUAAGUACCCCGAUAUAGUAAGGAAUAUUGAAGACGCGCAACGAUCGCGGUUGGGUUCUUCGAGCAAACGCGUCAGCGAAUCCUUGGGUCAGACUGUGUUUGAACGCGAGGAGACGAUUCGCGCCCAUUCUCAGAUUAUCAUCGCGAAAUGGUGGAGAGGGUAUCACUGUCGAGCCGCGCUUCGCGAUCGUUUGCAACACGUCUUUAUAGCAGGUUCGGGUGGAUACGUACGCAACUAA